GUGAAGGUGGUGAGCGGAGACCUUCUCGUCAUCACUUUCUCUUUCUCUCGUUUAGGUAGUUCUAGUGUAAGAGAAGGAGGAGGCAGAGGAGGAGGAGGAGGAGGGGGGUGAGAGAAACCGAUGGGGAGGCAGCCAUGCUGUGACAAGGUGGGGCUGAAGAAGGGGCCAUGGACAACAGAGGAGGACAAGAGGCUGAUCAACUUCAUGCUCACCAAUGGCCAAUGCUGUUGGAGGGUUGUUCCUAAGCUCGCAGGACUUCUGAGGUGUGGAAAGAGUUGCAGACUAAGGUGGACGAACUACCUCCGGCCUGACCUGAAGAGGGGAUUGCUGUCGGAAGAGGAGGAGAAGAUGGUCAUUGAGCUCCAUUCUCAGCUGGGAAACAGAUGGUCUAGGAUCGCAUCCCAUCUCCGUGGUAGAACUGAUAACGAGAUCAAGAACCACUGGAACACCCACAUCAAGAAGAAGCUGAGGAAGAUGGGGAUCGACCCCUUGCUUCACAAGCCCCUCAUUCCUUCAGCAAGUGGUGUUCCCCAUCAGGAGCAGCAACAGGCGGGUGCUUUGGCUGAGAGGAUGGAAGAACAGGAGAAGCCCUGCUCAGGAAGCUCUUCUGAGAAGGCUGCAGAAGGGCAAGUUGAGGAGAACAUACCAAGCACGGCUUCUGACGCAUUCCUGAGCAAGUCUCCAGGAUUUUGCACCGACGAGGUGCCCAUGAUUCUCCCCCAUGACAUAUUAGCCUCAUGUGCUUCCACUCCCACGGCCUCGUCUUCCAUUUCGACAUCAUCAACAUGCUCUUCUUCCAGCUCCUCAUCGAAGGCUGCGGAGAUCCAAUUUCCAUGCAUGGAGUGGCCAGAAUCAACGUAUCUCUGGGGUUUGGAUGACUUGAAUGGAUGGGACUUCAUCUUCGAUCGGAGGGAUGAAGAAUUAGGCCUCGAUCCUUUCAGCCAGUGGCAAAGAACCGCUUCUGAUCAUGAAUCCUGAACUCUGAGCUAUUCUAAUCUCAUUCUCCUUCUGUAAUUCCUAAUUGCCGAUAGAACAAAGCAGAAUGAUGACAAAUGUUUACUCCA